AUGCGCUGCAUGCAAGUGCCGGCUGAAGGCACUGUUUUCGUCGCCAAGAACAACGUCGAUGCUCAUGUUUCAUUGCUGGAGAAAACCGAUUGUAGGACCCUGCUAGGACCGCAAGAACGAUCGAAGGACAGCACUGCCGAAUCUCUUGUUGCCGCACGAGAUCUGAUGUACGAUGUGAUACCACCCUUGGAGGAGUUGCUAGACCCGCGAAUCGUCGAACAUUUCCCGUGGACCAAGACAUUAGACGACGUUGCUACUGAGACUUUUCUGAUGCUGCACACGAGUGGGUCCACUGGGCUUCCCAAGCCUGUCAGUAUCGCACAUGGCCUAAUCGCUACCAUCGAUGCACAACAGGACCUACCUGAUGUAGAAGGCUGCAGUGUCACUGCGCGAAGAUGGGCAAACACAUCCGUGCAUACUGCAUUGCCUCCAUUCCGCUCAGCAGGCAUCAACUUUUUCAGCUUCUCGGUGUUCCAGUCAACGCAGCUGAUCCUGGGACCUUGUGAUCAGCCGUCUUCACUGAACACCGUCGAGCGAAUUCUGAACUUGCAUGCCGUGAAUGCUGCGGUACUGCCUCCUUCACUCCUCGCCGAAGUUGCUAUGGACGAGGGUCUGCUGAGCGAGGUCUCACAAUGGUCCAGUGUCGCGUUUGGAGGAGGACCAUUGCCAAAGGAGGCAGGCGACGCUUUGUGGCAGCAUACAAGUGUAUUGAAGAUUCUGGGAUCGACCGAGACUUUCAAUAUCCCUGAGCUCGAGCCAAAAUCGAUCGACGAGUGGGAGUAUCAUCGGUAUCAUCCUUCUCUGGGUCUCGACUUCAGAUCGCACUCGGAGGAACUGUACGAGCUUGUCUUUCAGCGCGGCGAUAGGGUGGCUCGGCAUCAAGGCGCAUUCUGGACGUUCCCCGACCAGGACGAGUACUCGAUGAAGGACUUAUACGAGCAACACCCCUCGAAACCCGGCUGUUGGAAGUAUCGAGGUCGAGUAGACGACAUCAUUGUGCUUUCGAAUGGCGAGAAGUUCAACCCCACCGGGGCAGAGCGUAUCAUCACCAGGGACCCGACCGUGAAGUCCGCAUUAAUAGUCGGGUCUGCUAGAGAGCAGCCAAUGUUGUUGAUCGAGCCACUUGAGGUCCCAGGUUACGACCUCGAGCGAAGACGAUCGUCGAUCGUAGAUGCAGUCGCGCAUGCCAACGAGAUCCUGCCAGCCCACGCACAGAUUCAUCCUUCGCAUAUUCGAGUACUCGAUCCAUCUGACACAUUUCUACGUUCGGCGAAAGGCGAGGUUCGAAGAGCGCCCACGAACGAUGCUCUCAGUGCGAUAAUCGCUGAAGUUUAUGACUCGGCAGAUCAGAGCAGUGUCUGCGCCUCGACAUUAGACUUCCAGGAUGAGCAAAGCCUGAGCAUCGCUUUGACUCGGAUCUUAUCGACAGACUACCUGCAAGGUGCGCAGAUCUCGGAAAAUGACAACAUCUUCCAAUGUGGACUGGACUCCCUGCGCGUUGUCAAGUUGCUGCGUUACUUCAAAGCCAGUUUACGGCAACAGGGUGUUGAAAAAGUAUGCAGCCUGACGACGAAGGCGAUCUACCAGAGUCCGUCUGCUCGAUCACUCGCCAGUAUGCUCAUCGAAAUGUCGACGGGUGCUGCGGCGGAUGAGUGUGAGGAGGCAGACCCGAUGUUGGAGAUGCAGUCGAGGCUCGACUCUUUCACGGCUCGUCUGGACGGCCUGGAGAAGCGUCCCGAUGCCAAACGCAUUCCUUCUGGAAACGUGGUCCUUUUGACUGGCUCGACGGGAUCACUUGGAUCCUACAUUCUGCUGGACAGCCUCGUCAGAAACCCUUCAGUCGAAAGAAUUAUCUGCGUGAAUCGAUUGGGCAGCUGCCGUGGCAAGCAGCUCGAAGCGACGUCCACGCGCGGUUUGUGCGAGGACUUCUCCAAAGUCGAAUUUCUGCAGGCAGAUUUGACGAGACCAUGCCUGGGCCUCGAAGCCAGCAAAUACGACGAUCUUGCACAGACAACCAGUCAUAUCAUCCACAAUGCAUGGCCAGUAAACUUCAACUUGCCACUGUCGUCAUUUGAUCCGCAGCUAGAAUCAUGCUGCAAUUUGUUGGAGCUGGCAAACUCAUCCAGCAACAUUGUUGAAACGAUGUUCAUGUCGAGCGUAGGUGCAGCAAACAACUGGGCGUACGUCAACGAUGGCUCUGUGCCGGAGACGCUACUGGAUGACUUCCGAGUGUCCGAGGGUAUGGGCUAUGCACAGUCGAAGCAGCUCGCUGAGCUUUUGUUUGCGCAUGCCAGUAAGGCAAACAACCUGCCAGUGACUGUGUGCCGUCUAGGCCAGAUCGCUGGGCCAGUGAAGUCGGAAAAGGGUAUGUGGAGCCCACAAGAGUGGUUCCCAAGCGUACUGCUAAGCUCCAGUACUCUUGGCAAAGUACCGGAAAGCCUGGGCGCCAUGGACCGAAUGGAUUGGAUCCCCGUGGACCUGCUUGGUGACAUGCUAGUGGAAACAAUUCUGCCUAAAUGCCCAGUACCAUCAGACAUCGGGCAUGAGGUCGUGAGACAGCUACUUGCUCUACCAGAGGCAUGUAUCGCAGCAUCAGCGGCCACUUCUGCUGCGUCUAGUCAACCUGGAACUCCGCUGCCAAGUACAUCAGCAAGUCCGGAAGGGUUGAGCUCCAGGACUUCUGUCUCAUCGGAUGAAGGCUUGGAAACGUCUAAACCAGGAGCCAAGUUUCUGCACUUCGUCAACCCUCGGAAAGCGUAUUGGAAGGAUGUUGUACACGACCUCUUUGAAAACGAAAGCAGCGACGUCCAGAUCGUACCCUUCUGUGAGUGGCUAAGUAGCCUAAAAGAGGUGGCUGAACGAGAGGAUGUCAGCGACGACAUUCCCGCUGUCAAACUGGUCGGCUUCUUUGACGACAUCGGGCGACCUGAUGCCAAAAGGCCCGAGUUCUCCACAUCAAUCGCCCAAGGUACGAGUGCAUCGUUGAGAGAGCUCAAGUCUGUCUCCAUCCAGUGGUUGAGGCAUUGGCGACAGCAAUGGCGCCAGGCUCAAGGAUGA